AAAAAGGCUGCCAUAGAGUGCGUGACCGACGGUUGGGAUGAGAAUGACGUUCAACUUGUGCUCUGGUAUCGGGAGGACAGCGAAUACGGGGCCGACGGGUCGGUGCCCUUCUAUAGGCUGGACGCCCGACACCGACAACUGUUUAAAGCCAAACAUGUGCUCCAAAACCAGUCACUGGAGCACCGGUUCGUGUUUGAUGUGACGUUAACCCCACCCGCACUGGUUAUACACCCGGUGCUGGUCAGCGACGAGGGCUGGUAUAGGUGUCGAGUCGACUAUAAGACCAGUCGGACACAGAGUUACAGCGCAUACCUGGAGGUGAUUGGUCCGCCGGAAGAGCUCAAAAUAGUGGACACUUCAGGAGCGGAGUUGUCGGGACUGAUUGGGCCUUACGAUGAGUUCGCCAAUGUUGUGCUGGUGUGCGAGGCCAGAGCUGGAAACCCAAGUCCGGCCCUAAUCUGGUAUCACAUAAACGCGUUGGAAGUGAUUAUAGACAACACCUACGCCUAUAACCGGACCGGUAUUGUCACAAACGAUCUACACUUACGCCAAUUGGAUCGACACGACUACCGGACACGACUGGCCUGUCGGGCCUCCAGUAGUUCUCUAUAUGACCCCAUCGAGCGGUCAGUGAUCAUUGAUAUGAACUUGAAACCAUUGAGCGCAAAAAUUACUACACUAUACGGUAGGCCUUUGAUCGCCGGCCGAACUUUUGAGUUCCGGUGUCUGGCAGAGGGUUCCCGACCCGAGCCCCGGAUAGUGUGGAAAAUUGGUGACACUAUACUGGCCUCAGACCCGCCGGUGCUCAGCAGCGACGGAAACGGCAGCGCUGAGUCUGUGGUGAAGUUUACGCCCACCGCCGACCACAACGAUCGGGAGCUGAUCUGUUUGGCCAAUAAUCCCCUGAUUGCCAACUCUUCAGUUGAAGACAGGCUCUGGAUUAGCGUUGAGUUCUCGCCUAUAAUCAACAUAUCCCUCGACCCGAACCACUCAAUCGGCUACGUUACUGAAGGCGAUUACAUUAGGGUAAAGUGCGAAGUGUUGGCCAACCCGUGGGUCACAUUCAUUGAGUGGUCGCUGAACGGCAAACGAGUCCAAAACCCUGUGCUUAUUGACAAAAAUCAGACACUGGUUAUCGAUAACAUACUCCGGGAUCAGAGCGGAAGAUAUCAGUGUACGGCUGGCAAUGGUAUCGGACGGACCAUCAGUCCUGAGCUAAACAUUGAAGUUAACUAUGCGCCCGUUUGCCGAAAGGGACAGCAAAUACACUACACGGCUGUCAGAAAUCUGGCGACAGAAGUGAGGUGUUUGGUAGACACCCGGCCCGUCGACAGUAGUGUUAGAUUCAAAUGGUUUGUCAACACAUCGGUCGAGACAUUUGAGUUGAAGGCGCCGGACGUGAAUCCCGUGUCCGACGACCCGACCGCCAGUGUUGCCACAUAUCGGCCCAAAACGGCAUUAAAUUACGCGAUGAUGAUGUGUUUGGCAGAGAAUAGGGUUGGCCCGCAGGUCGAGCCCUGUGUUUACUAUUUGCGUAUACAUAAUGGUCCGCCGGAAUCUGUCCGUAAUUGUGACAUAACCCACACAUCAGCGAUAGUAGUGUCCGUCGAGUGUAUGGCUGGCAAUAACGGCGGUCUUCGGGCCGACUAUCACCUCGAGGUCUAUCAUUCGCUUACAGAGCAAUUGGUGGCCAACUAUACGGCACUUCAGCCCAAGUUUGUGGUCGAGUCGCUCGCGGCUGACGUGUCCUACAAUCUGGUGAUCUACUCAUCUAACGAUAGAGGAAACAGUCCGCCGCUAACCUACCCGUCCGUCCGCUUGUUGCUAACGGACAUCAACUUAAAUGCUAGCAAAACUCAAAAAGAUAUAACUCGAUUAAUGAAUAGUCUAAUAGGAAUAGUGGUAUCGAUAGUGAUAUUCACGAUAUGUGUGGCACUUGUCGUCAAAAUCCGGCGAUUCAUAUACGAAGACGAGUAUAGAGUGUACGACGACGGCCGGAGCUCUCAGUCGGAGAGUGAC